GUCAGCGAGCGGUCAGUCUUCAUUCAGUUGCUUCUAUCGUUUCGCAACGAUCAGUCGGUUGUUGAUUGUUAACCGGUGCGUGGGCCACGGCAUAUUUCGUCUGUUUAGUGUAUUUGUUAUUCUGAACCCGUUAUUCAUAAGCGCAAAGUGAUCGAGACCUUAAUCGUCAUAAUAAUCGGCAAAUAAAAACAUUAAGCCAGAUUUAUCGUUCGAAGGAAAGCUGAGAGCAAAGCGUGUAUCAUGCAAUUUGAAGACGAAACAUACCUGGGACUGGACCUGAGCACCCAAAAGUUGAAAGCCGUCCUUCUAAAUGCAAAACUAGAAAAUGUUGCCCACGCGGAGGUAAAAUUCGACUCUGACCUGCCGGAAUUUCGAACCAGCGGUGGCGUGAACGUUGGAACAGCAAAAAAUGAAUUCUACGUCCAGCCGGUAAUGUGGGUGAAAGCGCUUGACAUGGUACUCGACAGGCUGGUAGUACAGGGUGGUGACUUAAGCACCGUAAUGGCCGUCAGUGGAUCCGCACAGCAGCAUGGUUCGCUGUAUUGGUCCCGCAAUGGAGUACGAACGCUGCAGACGUUGGAUGCAGACAAGUUUCUGCACACGCAAAUCGACGAUUCGGCCUUCACCUUGCAUCGAACUCCCAUCUGGAUGGAUGGGACUACUGGUCAGCAGUGCGAAGAGAUGGAAGAAGCCGUCGGUGGUCGUGAGAAGAUGGUCGAGAUUACCGGAUCCAAGUGCUACGAACGAUUCACGGGACCCCAGAUAAGAAAAGUUUUCCUCCAGCGCCCAGAUAUCUAUCGGAAUACGGAACGUAUUUCCUUGGUCAGCAGCUUUUUGGCAUCAAUUUUCCUGGGAGAUGUAGCCCCAAUCGAUUACUCCGAUGGGUCGGGAAUGAAUCUACUGGACAUAAGGAAGCGAGCUUGGUCGGAUAUUUGCCUAACUGCAUGUGCUCCAAAUUUGGAAGCGAAACUAGGAACGCCGGUACCUACUGCUUCCGUCAUAGGAUCGAUUGGACAAUUUUUUGUUCAGAGAUAUAAUUUCAAUACCGCCUGCAAGGUGGUAGCAUUUACCGGUGACAAUCUUUCCGCUCUGGCAGGAAUGGCCAUAGGAGAAGACUGGUUAGCACUAUCGCUUGGAACCAGCGAUACGAUAAUGAUGAAGAUACACGAACCACCGAACCUCCAAGAAGGGCAUGUUCUAGUCCAUCCAACUGACAAUGGAUACAUGGGAUUACUGUGCUUCCGCAACGGGUCUCUUGUGCGGGACAUAUUCAAACGAGCCGAAGCAAACGACAAUUGGGAAAACUUCAGUGAACUGCUAGAAUCAACACCACGUGGCAACUUCGGAAACAUCGCGCUCCAUUUCAUCUCCAAGGAAAUUAUUCCCCCCGUGAAGGGUUCUCUGCGAUGGAACAAAUCAUCCGACCUAAGCUGUUCGGACCUCGCCAGAGGUGUGCUGAAAUAUAGCGCUCCGCAAACCGAAAUUCGAGCCCUGAUAGAGGGUCAAAUGCUAACCAGAAAAGCGUACGCCUCUGAGAUGGGCUUCAGCUUCGGCGAAAACACUCGAAUCCUAGCGACUGGAGGAGCUUCCGCUAACAAGUCAAUCUUGCAAGUCGUGUCCGAUGUCUUCAACGCUCCGGUCUAUACUCAGCAAACGACGGAAGCGGCAUUGCUUGGUGCGGCCUAUCGGGCGAAAUAUGUCCUGGAGAGGUCACGAGCCACGGGCGAUCCAAAAUCGCUGGAGUCCUACUACGAGUACAUCAGACAGGUGCUUCCGGAGCACAGUGUUACGAGGGUGUGUGAUCCGGCUCAGGAUAGCAGUGACAUCUACGAUCACAUGCUCGAACGCCACAAUUAUAUGGUGCAAUAUUUGAUGGAUCAUCAAGAUUGAAUCGGGUCAGGAAGUGCCGCAAUAUGAUAUUCAACAUUCCUGCGUCAAACUGAAAGCAUAGCUUGCGAAAAAACAUUCCGAAAUAAAUCAAAUAACUACGGGCUUCUCUUUAUUUUCUUAGAUAGUGACUGCUUAUCGAAGUGAAAGUACUAGCACUUAUAUUGUUGAUUUUAUUAUUGAUUAGACGCGUUGUCAUUUAGGAAUAUAAUAAAAAUAUUUGUUAAUUACUCUCUAUUACUGAGCAGCAAA